AUGACUUACUAUCAGGAUCCGUUCUUGCUCGACCAGCAGUACCACGAUGAAGCAUACUUUGCUGGCUUCCCAGCCAACGGUGACGACCAACAAAUCUCGGCGCCCACAAAAUGCAUCAACCCCUGGGGAGUGCCCUCUCAGGUAUCGAUCCGGACGCAACACUCCAAGCCUGAACUGUAUCCCAUGAAGUCUGCCCGAUCCGACGACUCGUACAUCAGCCCAUAUCUCGACGAGCUGGAAAGCCCUUUUGGGGACACAGUCGACACGGUCGGCCCGCUCGAGCUCCAACGACAACAGUCGGAUGGCUCACAAUUAACCGCCCCCAACCUGGACCUAGACCUUGAUUUGGCCAUGGACAUGGACCUGAAUCGACAAGAGUACAGCACGCCCCCCGAUGACCAGUGGCCACUAUUCGGCUCGACGAACCCAAACCUCGAAGCUCUGGGCUUGUCAGCGUCGCCAGGCUCAGGAUCAGCAGAAGCCGACACGCCCAUCACGCCCAUCACACCGACCUCGACAUCGACAUCCCCACCGGCACCAAUGUCCGCACCAGCAUCCACGACCACCUUCGUCUGCGGUUAUCCUCGGCCUCGGCCUCGGUGUCAAACCCGACCUCAACCCCAACCUCAACCUCCACGAACACGCACCACCGCACGGAGAACAUCGAGCUCAACCACACACCAACGAAAACCCAAUCCUACUACUACCCGAUCAUCUUGCGCGCGCACCAAGAAACGCAAUCCCGCGCCCAGCUCCUCCAGCAGCGAAGACGACUCGGCCUCGGCCAUCCAAAAAGCCAAACACGCCCACUCGAUCAUCGAACGCCGUUACCGCGACAACCUCAACGGCAAGAUGAUGCAACUUCACCGCGUCCUCCUGGCCGCUGAGACCACCGAGAGCAGCCCGAUGAAUGGCGCGAACCCCGACGAUGCAGCAGCAGUCGCAGUAGCAUUCCCACAGUCCGUGUCUCUCGACGAAACGAAAGCUCAAGCACAGACCGUAGGCCGAGUUCGCAAAUCCGACAUCAUGACCCGCGCGAUCAAUUACAUCCACAGAUCCGAGGCCCAGAUGCGGCACAUGAGCGGCGAGGUCGCGCGGUUGCAGGACCAAAUCAGGGUGUAUCAGAAGUUGGUGGAGGGUGAGGGCUAG